AUGGAGAAUUCACGGGAGACCCGCAAUGCACCCAAGUUCGUCACGCCCAAGCGAAUCUUGCGGACUUCAGGAAACGUGACAAGCCAGAACGAGAUAUCGUCCUUUUCCUUGAGCAAUGAUGACUCUGAGGACAAGGCUGAAGUCAUCCUUGACUAUGGCCGUUGUGAGGGCGGCUUUCCCAUCUUUACUAUUGAGUCUGCAUCAGCGCCCGAAAGACAGAAACAAGUCGCGUUCCAGGUCACUUACAGUGAGACCAUAGAGGGAAUGGGCAGCGAGAAUGGCGAUGGCCCAUUCUUCUUAUUCUCCAACGCGAUGGACAGCUACCGAGUCUGCCGGCACCAUGCCACAGUCACUAACGAUACUCAAAGUGUGAAGCCUCGAUUCAAUCAAGCCUCCCAAAGGUACCAAAGGAUAACCUUACUCGACCCAAACACGAGCAUCGCGUUCUCCAAGGUCGGCUUCCAAGCCGUGCGUCCAGAUGCUCCAGUAAAAGCCAACUUCCACUGCUCCGAUGAGACCAUCAAUCGUAUUUGGAAUGACGGUGUUCGGACUGUUGACCUAUGCACCGUUGCCCGUGAAGAGACGGUUCCGGUCUGGGAUGUUACUGCUGAGGGUACUCGUGUUUACGGAAGCCACUGGGCUCCUUGUCGACAGGGAACGAGAUGGAGGGACUAUAAAGUCACGUUCCAGGCAAAGGUUGAGGAACAUGGUGCGAGUUGGGCUGUUCGUAUGAUCACGAACGGUCUGAUAUUCUGCUUGGAUAGAAGGAGCAGAACGUUGACUGCUGUCGAGGGUUUGUCGAACAAAUCAUCUAUCCUGCCUUCAAUUGAAAGAGGGUCAUGGCAGCUUCCUGAGAGCAUCGACCUUUCUGGCUGGUUGAACAUCGAGACGCUUGCAGUGGAAGAUCGCGUUGCAGUCACUAUUGAAGGACAUAAAAUUGCUACUAUCAGGGAUAUCUACGUGAAGGCGAUGCUUGGAAACGGGCUUGUCAACACCGGUUCUGUGGCGUUUGGUGGACCACCUGGCUGGAUUGCACUCUACCGAGAUCUAUCAGUCGCAGAUAACGAUGGACAGAUUCUCUAUGACAACUCGAUGUUGCAGCCUGAUGCUAGCCGUACGUUCGACGACUUUCAGGUCGGAACAAACAAGCUCGCAUGUAUCAUUGACGGCGCCAAGCGAGACAGAGCUUCCUUUGGUGGUGAUGCCUUCGUCACCGGCCGGUCAAUCGCAUACUCCACUGCUGACUUUGAGGCCUGGAAAGGCACCAUUCAGCUUCUGCUCAGUCAUCAGAAUAAGGAAGGGUAUCUUGGUAACCUGUGUCCCAUCCAGGCUCCAGAGCACGAUGGCGCAGACGACCCCCCGCACUACGGCCACUACAGUAUGACAUAUGCACUGCUCCUGGUCGUCUCAAUCAAGGACUAUUGGCUGCACUCAGGCGAUUGGUCCCUCGUGGAGAAGUCAUACCACCAGCUUGAACGACAGAUGGAGUUUACAAAGGGUUUCUUGAACUCUGAUGGAUUGGUACAAGCAUCGCCGUAUCUCUCGAUGACAUGGUUUCCUAUGGGCGGGCCUGUUUUCGGUGUUUCAGCCGGUCUGAACCUUGCAUAUUUGGAUGCCCUUAACGCCAUAGCAUCAAUGUCUAGGGGCAGUGAGGCUACGUUCCAAUAUUCCUCUCAAGCAGCCAAUUUGAAGGAGGCCUUGAUCCGUAUGCUUUGGAAUGAUGAGCGAGGUACCAUGCGGCCUGCUCUAUCUCUAGAUAACAAUGGCGUCUUCCAAGAUGUCAACGCAUACGCCGCGACUCUAGGUGUAUCACCAGACCAUCCAGAGUUGGUAGAGGGCAUAUUCCCUGCCAGUAGAUCUUUGCCCGCUACAUUCCGAGGUCUCGGGAAAUGGGACAAGUUUGGACUUGCCAGUCCCUACGCAUCUGGCUUUGCACUCGAAGCUCUCUUCGUCAAGAACGAGGGCACCAAGGCAAGAGAGUUGUUAUCUCAGGUAUGGGGCGUCAUGGCGGACCAGGGUAAUCCGAACUACUCUGGCGCUCACUGGGAAGCCAUGAGAACAGACGGUUCGCCUUUCAAUCAUGACGUAUCGCUGGCUCAUGGAUGGUCCUCAUGGCCGGUCUUUUUGCUACCAAGAUAUCUUGCUGGAGUUUAUCCUCUUGAGGCGGGCUGGAAGAGGAUUGGCGUCGAGCCUGUGCUUGCAGAUUUGGAAGAGGUGGCAUACUCACUCGAAACUCCUCAGGGGUCUUUUUUAGUGGUAGUAAAUAUAGACGAGAAGCAGGGACAAGGUAGCAUUAAGCUAUUGGUACCUCGUGGUAGUACUGCCGUAGUCAAGGCUCCGAAGGGCUGGAUUUUGGAGAAUGACGGCGUUAUUCAGGGUUCUGGAACAGAGAUAUCUGUAAAGCUGUCGAAUUGCGGUUUAUAG